AUGCAUGGAGUAAAGCCGGCGAUACUGAUGGUGACGGUGCAGGCGUCGUUCGCCGGAGUGAACGUGGUGUACAAGCUGGCCGCCAACGACGGCAUGAACCUGAGGCUCGUCGUCGCCUACCGCCUUCUCUUCGCCACCGCCUUCAUCUCUCCUAUCGCCCUCUUCUUUGAAAGGAAGAAGAGGCCUAAGUUAACAGGGAUGGUGCUGUUCCAAGCAUUCUGCUGUGGUUUUUUUGGGGGAUCGUUGACACACAACUUAUACUUAGAAAGCUUAGCCCUCACCUCAGCAACUUAUGCUGCAGCCAUGCUCAACCUUGCACCUGCCAUCACAUAUAUCAUGGCCGUUUCCUUUGGGUUGGAAAGGGUGGUAAUAGGAAGGAUUGAAGGGAAGGCCAAAGUGUUGGGGACGUUGAUAGGAAUUGGUGGAGCGAUGGUCCUCACUUUCUACAAAGGCUUUGAGAUCCGAAUGUGGUCGACCCAUGUUGAUCUCUUGCAUCACCACAGUCACCAACCGCUACCGGCCGACCACCAUCCAGCCUUCUCAAACCGCACUGAACAUGGGGCUCAUGUGUUGGGCUCUAUGUUGGCCGUCGGCAGUUGUGCAUCCUACUCUUUGUGGUUGAUAAUUCAGACAAAGAUGGCCGAGAGGUACCCAUGCCAUUACUCAAGCACAGCACUGACGUCCCUCUUCGGGUCGAUUCAAGCAGUGGGUUUUGCUCUGUUCACGGAGAGAGAUUGGUCUGAGUGGAAGUUGGGCUGGAACAUCAGGCUCCUAACUGUGGCUUACACGGGACUUGUUGCUUCAGGAAUAUGCGUGAGUCUGAUAGGUUGGUGUGUGCACAAAAGAGGACCCUUGUUCGCUUCGGUCUUUAACCCUCUGAUGCUGGUCCUCGUGGCCUUAGCCGGGUCAUUCCUAUUGGACGAGAAGCUUCACCUCGGAAGCGUACUGGGAGCAGGACUGAUAGUGUGUGGGUUAUAUGUGGUGCUAUGGGGAAAGCACACAGAGAUGAAAAGGAUGGACCAACUACUAAUUGUGCCCUCCAAAAGCAAUCCAGAGACCGACGCUUCCGUUCAGAUCGUUAUCACCACUUCCCGUUCCAUUAACACCAGUGACAACACCGAAAGCAACACUCAUCACGCAGCAGCUGAUGCCGACAACAAUGCGAAUCGAGCAUCGUCCAUGGUAAAGGACGGAGUCACCCAGGAGCUGCCCAAUAAUCGAGGAGGAUGA